AUGUUGGCAACAAAACAAAGCACGAGUUCCUGUGCGGCUAUCAUCAAACCCACCGCCAAAUCCCCACCGAAUUCAUCGCACCUUUACAUCUCAUUUAUCGCUAUAUUUAUUUCAAUAGUCAUCUCAUCGCUCAUUACACUCGUGGGUCCGUUCACGUCGUCCACCGUCUACUACGGCACCCAAAUGAUACCCCACCCGUCCGACGCCGGAGUCGACCUACUCAUCAAAAACGACAAUUCCUACGCCAUAGUGUUGGACGGGGGCAGCACCGGCACUCGGGUCCACAUAUUCUCGUUUACGUCUCAAAUAGCGGGCAAAACCCGCAGAAUAUUCUUAGAAAACGAGACGUUUCUGUCGAUAACCCCCGGCCUGUCGUCCUUCGCCGGCAACUCGUCGCACGCGGCCCAUAGUCUACAGCCACUGCUCGGUAAGGCUUUGGCUACCGUUCCUGACCAUAAGGCGCUCGACACGUCCAUAAUACUCAAAGCGACCGCCGGUUUGCGACUCAUUCCCAAACUAUCGGCCGAUAAUAUACUGAAGUCUGUAAGAGAGAAGUUAGAGUCAACUCCCUAUAGAGUAAAUGCAAACUCGGUGUCCAUUCUAGACGACAGGGAUGAGGGUCUGUACGCCUGGUAUACCGUCAACUUCCUGCUGUCCAAACUCCAUGACAUUAAGACAUCGAUCGUAACCCUGGAUCUCGGCGGCGGUUCCACUCAAAUCACGUUCGCCACCAAUAAUACCGAAACUCUGGUGCGCUCACCGGCCGGUUAUAUUGUGAAAGAAGACAUCGAGGGAGAGCCCGAAUACAUAUACACCCACUCCUACCUGGGGUAG